AUGGUGCAUCUGCUCAACGCCGUCCCUGAUUUUGUGCACAUCUCUGGUUUGCUUGACUGGCCAGUACCAGUCGUCACUUCUCUUUCCUUGGCCAUUCCUCUUGGUCACAAUGCUAUGCGCCUAGAGCACAAGCAUGUCAUUGCUUGUAUGUUUGCGGUCUCUGUGCAUGUGGUCCUCCAACCCUCAGUCCCGGUCACCACCCUCUCUCCUGCUCUGCAGGAUGUCUUGGAUGUCUUGGACGGCCCGGCGCCUCAGACAACGGACAGCGGCUCUUAUUUUUAUUGGUUUGACUCUGAUCCCACCUUCAAUGCCAGUCAGGAUCUCAAGCACAGAUACAAAGCGGAUGCACAGGUUGUAGAGAAGCCUAGACUGUGUAUUCCUGGCCAUGGUGGCCAGCACUUUGCUUUUACUUUGAACAGUGCUUGGGCUGGUUGCCAUAUUGUUGGUCAUGUUGGGUUUAGGGUUGGGCAAAGAGUCAAGUUGAACAUCAGCAAGGAGGGCUCUAUGUAUGGAGUGCCCACAACCACCACCCUAGCCAACACAUUCAUUGUUGCAAGGCUGACUUGA